AUGACGUUUUCCAUGCCGCUCACGGGGGCCAAGAAGGGUGUCAAGAACUCGUCCAAUGCGCCCGUUGCGUCGCGGCAGAAGCAGUACGGCCUCGUGCUCCCGAAAGCGAACGCGAAAAAGACGGAACUCGUCUCGGCUUGUAGUGCGUUUGCUAGUGCCGCCGCUGCGACCAAUCGCACAGAAGAAAAACAGGACAGCGAGCACGACGUUCGUCUUCGAGUAGGCGCUGAAGCAGCCCACGGUCUGCAGCAAAGCCGAGUGGACCGAGUGCGGGCUCAAGCGCUGGCGGAAGACGCGUCGGUCUUUGACUAUGACGGCGUCUACGACGAGAUGAAGACCGAGAGGGAGAGGAAAGCUCUGGACAGAAAGGAGCAGCGACAUGCUGACAAGGAGAAGCCCAAGUACAUUGGUACGCUCUUGCAACAGGCCAAGAUUCGCGAGGUGGAGAACGAACGAAUUCGGGAGCGACGACUGCUACGUGAGCGACAAGCGGACGAUGCGCUCUAUGGUGACAAGGAGAAGCUCGUGUCUGCAUCGUACAAACGAAAGCUGAAGGAGAUGCAAAAUUGGGACGCAGAAGAUGCGCGUCUCGCUGCAUUGGAAGAGCGCGAGGACGUCAUGAAACAGGGCGAGCAUGCAAUGGCAAGUUUCUACGCCAAUUUGAACAAAAACAUUGCCAUGGGCGGCACAAUGACCAACGCACGGAGCGCUUACACGGUGAAAGGAGCUCGAAGUGCACAUGUGAUGCGUGAAGAACCGACAAGAGCAGAGCAAGGUGGUGGUGGUGUUGAUGGACACGACAGUGAAUCCGUGAAGGCGUGUCACGAAGUUGAGGCUGAGAAACCGAGUGGCACAGAAUUACUUGACAACAAUCAGACUGUAUGCGUGCGUAACGCUGUGCCUCUACAGGAGGAGAUUGAUGCCACGACUGACGCUCCAGCGCCACCACGAUGCAUCCAAGAGGAGACAAAACCGAGCAAGGAGGACGCAAUUGCCGCAGCAAGGGCACGCUUUUUGGCACGAAAGGCACAGCGGAAGUCGCCAAGCUGUCAACAGUGA